AUGGCGGCGUCCAUGGGGGCGUCCAAGAUGGCGGCGUCCAUGGGGGCGGCCAAGAUGGCGGCGUCCAUGUUGGGGGCGGCCAAGAUGGCGGCGGGGAGGCCGUUGAGGGGCCUGAAGAUGGCGGCGCGAAGAAGCAGGGCCUUGUCGGGCCUGUGCCGCUUGUUCUCCGCAGGGCCGGCCCAGCCGCCGCUGCACGACAACCCCUUCUUCGGGAAAUACCGACAGAAGAUCCAAAGGCUGCAAAGGUCUGAUCCAGAGGCGUUUAAGUGUCGGUUGGAGCAGCGGAGCGCACUGCGGAAGCAGCCCCUGGGUCGGUCGAAGCAAGCGGAAUUUGUCCAGUACGUGGAGGAAAAGGCAGGAGAUGUGGACGAGCAACCACGGAGCAAAGGUUUCACCAGAAACAAGGCCCUCAGCUCCAUCCUCAACCUGGACCUGGUGAAGGACAAGACGGCCGAGGAGAUCGGACAGAUCUGGCAGCAGUAUUUUUCCGCGAAAGACACAGUGUUUGCCGUCAUUCCCGCCAAGACGUUUGAUCUGCUCUGGACCCGGGCCCAGGCGUGUCCAUCGUUUCUGUACGCCCUGCCCAGGAGGGAAGGAUACGAGUUCUUCGUUGGCCAGUGGUCGGGCACUGAGCUGCACUUCACCGCCCUCAUCAAUAUCCAGACCCGAGGCGACGCGGCGGCCAGCCAACUGGUGCUCUACCAUUACCCAGAGCUCAAGGCGGAGAAGGGCAUCGUUCUGGUCACGGCGGAGCUGGAGCCCACUUUUCUGACGGUCCCGGAAGCCCGGUGCCUAGCCAGCCAGGUGCAAUUCUUCUACGCCACGGACUGCCAGCAGACCUUCGCGCUGGUGGAAACCUUCAACCACCGACCCGGCGAGUUCGAGCACACGGAGGUCAUCGCCGCGCUCCAGCGGAGCGGCCUCGGGGCCGACCCCAAGCUCCCGCCGCCGGGUCCGGCCCGGCCCUCGAACUGAGACCCCGGGGCGGUCCCCCGGCUCCAGCCCCGCGUGCCCUCCGCCCCUCGGGCCGCCACCCCGAGAAUCAGCCUUGCUUUAAGUCGGGGAAGCGGCCGAGGUGGGCGGGCCUCACCCCACGGUCCUGCAGGCCGUGCCCGGUGUCGGCAGACGGGCCCGCGAGCCCUCACGAGCCUGGGCCGGGCGGGUGUACUGAGCGCUCGGCUCUCCGGCCAGCAGCCUUCCUGUCCCCGGUGAUGCCGUUCAGGCUGCCCCUUCUGCCAGAACUCUCAGAAGGGGUAAGGAAAUGACUUUUAGACUGUGAGCCCACUGUUGGGUAGGGACUGUCUCUCUAUGUUGCCAAUUUGUACUUCCCA